AUGUCUCCUGCGUCACCCGAGGCAUUUUCAGUCGAGAAAGGCGUUGCAAUCGCAGCGGUACGGAGAGCAUGUCUGGCAACUUGCACUGUGUUCAACCAAUUAGUCCGAGACAGAACGGAUACCCUCAGUAAGGAAGACGAAUCACCAGUGACAGGUAUCAAUUUCCGUCUCUCAGGUUUGAGGGUCGAUGCUGAUCAAUUUGGUAAAGUCGGAGAUUAUACCGCACAGGCGGUCAUCAACACUGUCUUGAAGAAUGCAUUCCCCAAAGAUCCGAUUGUGGGCGAGGAGGGUGCAGCUGCCCUCCGAUAUGAAUCAAACGCCAGACUGAGAGAACGAGUGGUUUCCCUGGCUACCAACGCAUUACAGGAAGAUCUCAUCGACGGGGAGAAAUCGCAAUGGGGUUUAGGUUCUCAACACAAGCACAGUUCAGAGGUCCUGUUGGCGGCAAUAGACGAAGGAAACGAUGCAGGUGGACCAAAUAAACGCAUGUGGACAGUUGACCCUAUCGACGGAACAAAAGGCUUCUUACGCGGUGGCCAAUAUGCCGUUUGUUUGUCUCUCAUUGUGAAUAGCCAGGUUGUGCUGGGCGUCAUCGGAUGUCCGAACCUAUUAACAAACCCUGCAAACCCUGAGGGAGAGAAGGGCUGUAUCUUCGUUGCGGUCCGAGGACAAGGCGCCUUCCAGAUCGCCUUGUCAGGCGACAGUGUGGUUAAACUCCCUUACUUUCGUCCAGAGAAGUCAUAUGUCCUGCAAUCAGAAGAGCCGAAGCACACCAAUCUACCGUUGAUUAGACAGGUAUCCGAUGAGCUCCACCUCACUGAAUGGGCAAUGGACAGCCAGGCCAAAUAUUGCUGUGUUGCCAGAGGAGAGGGUGCUGUGUAUCUCCGCAUGCCAGCGCCUACCACUGGCGGUAAACAACCUUACGAGGAGAAGAUCUGGGAUCAUGCCCCUGGAAGCGUUCUCGUUGAGGAGUCGGGUGGAAAAAUUACAGACUCUGAGGGAGCUUCGCUCCAAUUUGGACUUGGGAGGGGCAUGGGAGAGAAUCGUGGCUUUAUUGCUACAGUCGAUGAAGAACUCCACGGGCGGGUGGUAUCAGCUCUCGAGCGGGCUCAAUUCACAAAGGAUGCUAACAAGACAAUGGCUACACCUUAAGGGAGCCCCUUAACGAGAAGGAGUGAAUUAGCUAUCUUUCAUCUAUAAGAUACUGGUACAA